AUGGUACAUGAGCCAGGCGAAAGAUUUAAAUCUCUGGGGUAUCUUCAGCUUCCAAAUGUGUUUCUAGUCUCUGUUGUCUAUCUCACUUGUGGCAUUAAGAGAUUCAUAGGCAGAUUUAGUAGUAAAGAGGCCAUUCUUGUUCCACUUGCACCGAGCUCUAGUGUUGGCCUCCGAAUCAAUAACCUCUUGAAUCCCAAUGCAAGGAAGUGGUGGGACAACAUCAAGCCUUUUGAAAGUAUAGAGAUAACUUGGGAAAGGUUCAAGGAGAAAUUCUUCCAACACUAUUUUCCUAAUGCCCUUAGAGCGAAUCAAGAAGUAGAAUUCUAUGCCUUUAAGCAAGGGAACUUAAAUGAGGAAGACUUCAUUGCUCGAUUUCUUGAGUUAGUUAAGUACAUUACUUAUCCGCAGACGCAACCUGACUCAAAAUGGAUGACUGAUAGGCUACUGGAAAAGGCUAGGCCAGAAUUAAGAACAGCUCUAGCACCCUUGGAGAUUAAUGAUUUUGAAAAAAUGUGCACCAAAUUGCGAAUCAUUGCUAGAAGAAUGAGAGAAGAAGAAGCUGAGAAGAGAAAAGAAUCUUAUACAAGGUCCGUUCCAUUCAUGAGACCUGCGGGAGGAAUCAGUAAGAAGAAUACCUACAGCUUCAACAACUCCAAGAAGCGGUUUAAUCAGCCCUCAAGGAAUCAAUCUGGUGGACCUUCAAGGAGUCAAUUCAGUGGACCCUUGAGGAGUCAAUUCAAUGGACCUCCGAGGAGUCAGGUCAGUGGGGGACAGAGCUCUUAUAGGGGUUCUACAGCUCCUAUCACUAGCACCGCCAAUAGUCAAAGAUUCUGUGAGGAAGGCUCACGAGGUGUCAAUGAUACUAGAGCUGCAGUCCCGGGAAGAGUGUUUGCAUUAUCUCAAGAAGAAGGUAACACUUCUCCUAAUUUGAUUAAAGGUAUUCUCAAACUCCAAGGCUUUGAAACUCAAGCUUUAUUUGAUUCUGGUGCAACACACUCAUUUAUAUCUAAUGAUUAUGUGCCUCGUCUAAGUAUGCAUAUGUAUGAAUUGCCUUGUGAUGUGAUUGUCUCUACUCCGGCGGGAGCCUCGGUGAAAGCUUCUAAAGCAUGCUUGAAUUGCAUGAUUGAAUUUGAGGGUAGAACAUCCACUAUAGACCUUGUUUGUCUACCCUUAAAGGGUAUUGACCUGAUUGUAGGAAUGGAUUGGUUGUCGGCAAAUGACGCCAUCCUAGAUUGUAGAAGGAAGACCAUUUCUUUACCGGUCGCCUUCGCCAGUUCUAGUGGGCCACAACUGUUGUCUUUAGUGCAAGUUGAAAAGUGUAUUCGAAAGGGUUGUCAAGCCUAUAUGGUGUUCUUCUCUGUUCACACAAUAGCUGAAAAAGGCGUAGAGGAGAUUGCAGUGGUGAGUGAAUUCUCGGAUGUGUUUCCAGAGGAGAUAACAGGUUUGCCUCCGGAGAGAGAAGUGGAGUUCUCUAUUGAUCUUGCACUUGGAACCGAGCCUAUCUCUAAAGCUCCUUAUCGGAUGUCUCCAUCAAAAUUAGCAGAGUUAAAGAAACAGAUCGAGGAGUUGCUAGAAAAGGGCUUCGUUAGGCCGAGUGUAUCUCCUUGGGGUUCGCCUGUGCUCUUUGUGAAGAAGAAGGAUGGGAGCAUGAGACUAUGCAUUGAUUACCGCCAAUUGAAUAAGGUAACCAUAAAGAACAAGUACCCUUUGCCCAGGAUCGAUGAUCUACUUGACCAGCUAUCUGGAGCGUCAAUAUUCUCUAAGAUUGACUUAAGGUCAGGUUACCACCAAUUAAGGGUUAGAUCUGAGGACAUCCCAAAAACUGUAUUUAGAACAAGAUAUGGCCACUAUGAAUUUCUUGUUAUGCCAUUUGGGUUAACCAAUGCUCCAGCUAUCUUUAUGGAUUAUAUGAACAGAAUCUUCCGACCUUACUUGGAUAAAUUCGUAGUGAUCUUUAUUGAUGACAUCCUUAUUUACUCUAAGGAUGAGGAAGAGCAUAAACAGCAUCUUAGAAUUGUGCUGCAACUGUUAAGGGAACACAAACUCUAUGCAAAGUUGUCAAAGUGUGAGUUUUGGCUCAAAGAAGUAAAAUUCUUGGGUCAUGUUGUAUCAGCUGAAGGUGUAUCAGUAGACCCUAGUAAGAUUGAUGCAGUGUUGAAAUGGGACAGACCACAAAGUGUCACAGAAAUUAGAAGCUUUCUUGGACUGGCAGCUACUAUAGGAGAUUCAUUAAAGGCUUUUGCAGAUAGCUAUGCCCUUAACCAGACUAACUAA